AUGUCCGGUCCCCGUAGACGCACUAUUGACACGGUUCCUGCCCAACUACCAUUCCUCGUUGAAACAGCCAUGCCUUCUCGAUUACACGACCGUAUGCCUGCAGCUAUGAGCAUCGAUGUUCGACUUGCGGAUGAGGGAAAGAGGAUCCGACCUCUACCUCGCGUCCCUCCAACUCCCAGAAGUGCACCUCCGAUGCCUAGCCACCACAGACAACUUUCCGCGACGCGGCCGCUACCUAGCCUACCGGAAUCUGGCUCGCUUGCGAUCUCUGUAACUCCCGCAACUCCCCUACCACCACCAACACCAAUGGCAGAGGCUAGCUCUGCAUAUCUGGCCCCGAGUUCUCCUCGCCGUGGCCCCCCGCGAUCCACCUCCCUCACACUAAACAUGAAGGUCUCGCCUGAUGCCGAUGUUCGCCAGGCAUUUGAACGGACCCUUCCCGAGCCACCAACCCCCCGCACUGCUCACCGUAUGCGCAACUCAAAACUGAGACGACAUCUGGGAGAGUCUGUCCAAAUCGUGCUCGACUCACCAGCCGAUGGUCACUUCAGACAUCAGCUUCAACCCGAAAGCGACGACUCGUACAGCGAAGAGUCAGAGGAAGACGUCGAGGACGCUUUUUAUAUGCCUUCUCUCCCCUCUCAGCCAACGCCACCCAGUCCUCCGUCACAAAAAUGGGUCCGAGAGCGCGGAAAAAAUCGCUGGACAGAGGCCAAUUUCGCACAAAUCCUCCAGGAUCUACGCAACUUGUAA